UGUGGAAAUAAAGGAAAGGAGAAGUUAAGCAUUGCUCCACACUUUGUGUCAGUACGGAAGAUAGAGUUGUUUUCCAAUGUUCAAUGAUUUUAUGUAGUCAAAAAGUGGCAUAAAUCUUCACCAUGUGGAACUUUAUUCUUCUUCUCUGGUCCUGCAUUCGUAUCGCUGUUGUUGUAGGAGCUCCAGAUACAGUUACAGGACACAGAGGAGAGAGAGUUGAGAUCAGAUGCUCAUAUGAACCCGGAUAUGAAUCAAAUUCAAAGUAUUUGUGUAAAGGCGAGUGUAAAUACGUUCCAAAUAAAAACAUCAUUGCGAAAUCAGGAUCUCCAGCUAAAGACGAGAGAUUCUCUCUGACUGACGACACGACCAACAGAGUUUUCACCGUCACCAUUACUGAUCUGAGAACAGAGGAUGAAGGACAAUACUGGUGUGCUGUGAAGAGGAGAGGUCCUGAUGACUAUUCAGAGAUUUUGUUGAAGAUUAAACAGGGUCCAUUGACUCCAACCCCUUCACCUGACACAGGUUCAUUUGGUAUCAUCAUCACAGGAGUUUUGGUUUUGCUCCUGAUAGGUGCUGUAUUGGUUAUUGUGGCCAUACGAAAGAAAAAGCAGACUCUUGGUCCGGUCUCCUCCUUCACCGAAGGGUUUCAUCUGACAUUAAGAGAAGGAGAAGAGAAUGAAUAUGAUGAAGGGAACCCACCAAACCUUGGCCUGCCAAACUCACACACAGCUCAAAGUGAUAUUUCUGCAGAAAAUAAGUUUCACAGACCUGUGAACACAGAACCUGCCGACUCAGUAACAAACAAUCAUAAUCUGGAUCAGAUCUACACAGAACUCGACGCCAGUAGACAGAGUCACAUUUAUCAGUGUCUUAUAGCUGAUUCUGCUCAAGAAGAGUCAAUCUAUCACAACACUGAUGGAACAACUGACUGAACACUUGUACUCAUACUGUAAAGAGUGAUGUUCACCAUUUAGGAAAUGGCUAAAUCAGCACAAUGACAUCAGAAACAGGAGAAAACAAACUGUCUCAGUCAGGAAACACUGUUUGAAUGGCCAUCAAUGGAGAAAGAUGCUGUUGAAGCCAUGUAGUGUAGUUAUGACAUCUACCAGCAGGGGUUAAUUGGCUCUUGCUAACCAUCUAAACCUCAAUCACUCUGCAAAAACAGGUUUGAUUUGACAAAUUAGCUUUUGAUUGAGAAUUUAAAUUACAUUGUUAGUAGUGUUGUAAAGUCAGAAUAAGAAAGAGCUUUAUUGCCAGGUAUGUUUACACAUAUGAGGAAUUUGUUCCUGAAGCUUCCACAGCACAAACAGAAUAAUAAAUAUAGAAUAAAUAAAUACGAAAUAACAAUAUACAAA